AGAGCAGUGUGUGGACUGUGGAAGAAAGCAGAAUAGAAUAGAAUAGACGAAUAGUCCAAGCCACUGCCAAUGGCUUCUCUUCUUCCUUUCUCUCUCCCCAAACCAAAACUCAAUUUAAUCAGAGCAUCAUCUUCAUCCCUGGUAACAGAAACAAGCCCAGCUGUUACUCUCAAUCAGAAUUUCGGCCGGAAAGGGAUCAAGUUCACAGAAUCAGGUGAUGUUCCGGUCGUCGAACUGACCGUCAGAAAUGGCAGCUCCCUCAGCGUUCGUAUUCCAGAUGGCCUUGUCACCUCCUACAAGCCCAAGGUUUACUGGAAAGAUGAUGGAUUCGAGGAGGUUCUCUACACACUCCCUGGAGGUUCCAAUUCCAUUAAAGGGGGGAUUGGUCUCGUCCUCAACCAAGUAUCCCAACCCUCCACUUCAACUUCAAAGCCCUCAUCCUCACCGUUGUUUACUUCAGAAUGGGUCGUGAAGGAUGUUGAUUCUGACUCCAUUGAUGCUCUUCAGGUUGAAUUGAGCUGCACCUGUGGAGCUCUUGAGAUAAACUACAUUGUCUCACUCUAUCCUCUGAGCAUGGCAACUGCAGUUGUGGUAAAGAACAAUGGCCGCAAGGCUGUCAAUUUAACCAGUGCAAUUUUAACCCAUUUCAAAUUUAAAAACAGAGGAGGGACAGCAAUCCAAGGGCUCAGAGGCUGCUCUUACUGUAGCCACCCACCAUUGCCUUCGAGCUUUGAAAUCUUGUCUCCCUCUGAAGCAAUGAAACCCGAACCCGCAGGCUGGUUCUCUUUUGAUUCUGAAACUCAGGAUAAACUAGCUUCAUGGACAGUAGAAGACCAGGUGUUUACCAUAUUGAGCAACAAAAUCAGCAGGGUAUACACAGCUCCUCCAACUGAAAGAUUGAAGAGAAUUUAUAACACCCCACCCUCCAAAUAUGAAACCAUUGAUCAGGGUAAGGGGCUUGAAUUCAGGUUCAUAAGGAUGGGCUAUGAUGACAUAUACAUAUCAAGCCCUGGUUCUUUAUCUCAGAAGUAUGGAAAUGACUAUUUCAUCUGCACUGGCCCUGCUUCAAUGCUAGUACCUGUGGUCGUGAACCCUGGUGAAGGUUGGAGAGGAGCACUGGUUAUUGAGCAUGACAAUUUGUAAUUGAUCUUUCA